GCGACUUUUACGCGAAAAUACAUCGUACGAGCAAAUUGUUUUAUUCAUUACUUUUAUGCUAUGUUCUAACGUUUGAUAUAAGCUCGCGUGAUACCUAGCAGUGUUUAGAGUACAAACAAAUGUGGACGACUCAUCUACACUAGUUGUCUCGACGGGCUACCCUAUCCAUUACACAGUUGGUCCUUCGUACGUCAGAUCAAGCAGCGCCCCAGACACCCAAAAAAGUCUUCACAUCGCCGUAUUCUGUGUUGGUCCGAUACGACGUGAGCUAUCGGCGCCGUUCUAGCAUCUGCGGUAUCUAGUUGCCGCUAUAGAUUUUGAAAAUUCCGGAUGUUUUGCCACGGUGCUAUUGUCUGGUAUUAUGGUGCUAUUAGUGGUACUCGCAACGGCUGUUAUAACAUUGGAACUAAGGCAAUUGCGUACCUAUCAUACUCGAUAGUAACUUGUUUACAUCCUAGGAGGGAACUCAACACAGAUAAUAGCGCUGUUGGACUUGCCACGAAAACACAGUUAGCAUCGAGUGCAUUUGCGUUGCACCGAAAAUUCGCAGUACCUCAAAUCACUGCUAUCCGCAAAAAACACCAUAGUCCAUUUGGGAGCUCACAGGUGUUCGCCAUUGACACAACGACCAAGGGCUGGUGUAACGUUCUUCCCAGAUCGAUUGCUAAUGGGUCGCGUAUUCGUAGCCAUAUUAAUUGUUCACGUUUGCUGUUUAACGGUGGUCAGAGUGAACAAAACACCAGCGAUUAUGGUUUUGUGCGUUUGCCAAUAGCAAGGAGGGUGAAUCUAUUUAGAAGUUGCAGUGCAUCCUUCUACGAAAACGUUAACAAAUAUCUUCUAGUCUUUUCUAGAGCCCAUUCAAUAUUGCAACGACAAUGUUGUGCACAAUCGACUAGUUCAUCAGUGAAAGUUCAACUGUCCACGGUGGGGUCCCAAAGUUCAAAGGAGAGCCCCGCUCAGGGCUCUAAGACAGACCUACCAGCAUUGGAUAACGAGGACGUGACUGACGAAAUGAGCUCACAGGCACCGGAAGAUUUCAAAAAAGUGUCGCAAGAUGAAUGGCGUAAACGUUUGGACAGAGAAACGUUUAAAGUGUGUCGUCUCAAAGGCACAGAAAUGCCUGGAUCGGGCAAAUAUUUGAGGCAUAGCGAAAAGGGGACAUACGUCUGUAUUUGCUGUCGCGCCAAUCUCUUCCGGUCUGAGGACAAAUUUAAUCACUGCGGAUGGCCUAGCUUCAGACAGGCAAUGGGCACAAAACAGAAUGGUUCCGAAGAGACCACAAACGUGAAGCGUGAGUACGAUGGCACCCAUGGAAUGGUCCGCACCGAAGUGCUGUGCAAAAAAUGUAAUAGCCACCUAGGCCACGUGUUCGACGACGGACCGGAACCGUUUAGCAGGAGAUUCUGCAUAAAUUCCGUAUCGUUGGACUUCGUCAAAGACCCUUAACCUUAGCACUUUAUUAUAGCAUUCUAUAAAAGUCAAAAUAGGAUAACUUAUCGAUACCAUCAAAUAUCUGCGGAAACGGAUAUAUUGGUAUGUGUAGAAACACAAAAAUACGUCGAAUCCACAUGAAUGUGCACCAUGGUUCCAUCCACAUGAAAGCAGACAUGUACGGCUGUAGGCCUUAACUAGUUUUUUUUUUCUAUUUCUUCUCAAACGUCUAACUGGUUGUUAUAGCCUACGACUACGUCUGUGUGACAUGUGCAUUUGCAUAAGCCUUUUGUGAGUUCAGCUGCUAUACUAUCAUCGUGUGAAGAUGAGUGACAGCUACCUGUGCACCUUCAAUGUAUCGUGAUUAGCAAUUCGGUGACUAUUCGGUCUACUGUAUUAUUGACAAUCUGUUGGACAGAAAAACAACGAAGAGUAGAAAAAUGAAAAGCAUGGCUAGGUUAUUAACGCUAGAUGAUUAACUAAUAAACUAUUGUUACUACCUGUUGUUGAAUUAAUUAAGAACAGAUACAUAUGUAUCUAAAAUUGUUACCGUUGACUAGAAGGUCAAAUAAGCGGAUUCAACCGAUUUCGCCUAUUCCUUGCCUUAUCGUAGGUACCUUGUUAUUGGGUCGGGCCAACAAGUUAGCUAGAAGUUAAAAUACACAUUUGGUGACUACGCGUCUGGAGGUAUUACACAGAAAACAAUUUUUCAUAUACCUAACUAGAAUUCCUCCGUUCCUUCAAUAUCAUUUUAUUAUUAUUUAUUACUUUUAUUAAAUAUAUUGUCCCUACAUAUAUUAUUAGGAAUCGCUGUUUCUAGAUUAUCGACAUAGAUUUAGUGAUGGUCUGAGUUGGUCAAUCGUUUGUGCAAAAAACGACUGGCGUAAAUUCGGAUAUUCUAAUCGGUCCCUGUCGUUUUGCGCCGCACAAAAACUUCGUUACGACGGUCCUCGUAAUGCCUGUAGACAGCCUACAGCUUUUACAACAAUUGUGAUAAGCGACAAAUAGGAAACUACACAUAAUACAUUCCAGAGUGAAAUAUUCUGUAUGUUUUAUUGGUGGUGGACAGUCGUCGACUAUCUGCCGCGGGUUCUCGCAGCGACGCAGAGCGUAACACGCGUCUAAUGAGCCGAACGAAUUGUGCACAAUAAAGGGCAUAAAGUUUAAAAACGUGCUGUGCACAUAAUUUUUUUUUAACCUAUAUAAAAAGAAAUUGAACGAUAUUCAUUAGCAAGGCGAGUUGUUAUUUAUAUUUGAAACAAUUUAAAGCGCGAUUUGAGAGCGCAGUAUCAACCAUCUGUAACGUGUCCCACCAUAAAGGCAAAAUGCCUCGCCUGUUGUUCGCUUUUGCCGACUUGGAAGGGUACGACAUAUAAAUCAUAUUCAAACUAUAAGAGAAAAGCGCUUCUUAGAACACAUCUCUAUACAUUCAGCAACAUCGUUAGGCGUCAAGUUUGUCUUAGCUACAGCCAGCUUUAACUCGGUCGCACCAUCGAGACGGGAAUGCUGACAUGCACAUAGCUGACAGGUUUCUCAGGGAUGGCCAUGACCAACUUCUUAGUAUUAGUAGAUUCGAAAACAGCGAUAGUAUCAAUCAAAUUCUGGCAUUUUAGCCUAUCGGUAUGGCGUCGUUACCAAUCGCGAUAUGGAAAUUUUUAUGGCGGAUAUGGAUAUUUUUAUGGCUGUUACACAGCGCAAAUCACAUAUGUAGACCAAUAUACUAAACGUAAAUAAAAUCAGUGAUAAUUAUAUACUCAUAUGCAUACUUAGACAAUAUACGUGAAUAUGAGACGUAUGGCCGUUGAUCCUGACGCAACGCCAGUUCAGUUCUUCAGAUUGAGAGCGCAGGCAGCUAAAUCAACGCCGAGAAGAUGCCGAACUCAGAACUGAAGCUUGUAUUAUACUAGAAAGAACGUAACUCUAACAGUUCCUUUAACUUGUUCUUCAGGUUUGUGCAUCGAGAAGGUCCUAACACCUAUGGGUUGCCAUAGCUGCACGUUCUGAUUACAUAAUAUCAAAUGCUUCAGGCCGAAUAAGUAGCCAGUAUGCAGUCGAACGAGACAUGAUAUACAUUUACAUAAUACGAUAUAUAUUCUAUUAUUAUUAUUAGAUCUGAAACAAAUUUUCGUGUAGUCUAGCAAUCCACAAUCAAAACCCGGAUGUUUCUAUUUGUACUGAUUAAUACAUUGUGCGUUUUUUUUUCAUUACAUUCUUUAGUUGGCUCGAAGGUCUUUAUUUACACACGCCAUCUGUUUGACCAGGAACGCAGGUGACCACAUUUGAUUAUGCUACAAAAAUAUUGAUCUUAUAUGAAACAUGUGAGUCUUUACUGUCUUCAAGUUAAUCUUUUUGAAGUGUUUUUAUAUUAUGUCUGUGACGUUGUGUUUUUCAGCCUUCCGUAAUCUAAUUUUUUAAACAACUUGUAUGUAGAAAAAUGCUCAUGCAUGCAAGCCGAAAUUAAUACGUUUGAUGCUAAAACAGUGAAUUGGUUUACAUUUAAGGGUUUAUAUGGCAGAAGUUCGAUUGAUAUUACAAGGCGCCCUAGAAAACCAUUAUGGAUUAUCAUUAGCUCCUGCCAUACACAAUCCAUGAUGGAAAUUUUCAUAUUUUUCUUCCAAGUUUGAGUAAUGCUUUAGGGAUGAAUGCUAGGGUAUGCUGAAAAGAGCAAAGCAUCGGUCAUUUGUACGCUAACACAUAUUUAGUUCAAUGGACUCAAGAUCAGAUUGUUCACAGCUACCAAUAGAUUUCUUAAGUAGGCGGUGGACGCUAGAGGACACCACGAUUGACGUUUGGCGCGACGGAAGCUUGGACCGAUGAAAGACAAAGACGUUGAGGGACAAUAGAAUGACAAAGUUUGAAAAAGGAAAUGGUCAUAUAUAAUAUAGAAGGUUUGCAGAAUUGUUGAAUACACCUCAAAACAUGCGCAUUAAUUAAUCUAGUUGUACCGUUUGUUAUAACGUUAUAGAAUUCAGUCAUCCGUGAUUAUUUCUUCGAACUCUUUGUGUGCUUUGAGUCAAACAAAACUAAGCGAAUAAAUAUUGAAUUUGCUUUGAAUAGCUUGGCUUGAAUGAACGAAUUUAUCCAUACCUUUCGCACUUGGACCAUGUUGGGUAAAACAAUCUGCGUUCGAAUAGCUUUAUAGUGUGCAUAGGGUG